AUGAAGAGUGUCAAUGUUGUUGAGAGUUCCCUUAACUCACUUUUCUAUACAUGGUUCAUGGACAUGAUUUUUGAUGAAUUUAGAGAGGGCAAGAUCAACAUAGAUAAGACCUUAAAGCUGCUCAACAAGUUUGAAGUCUCUUACGAUUAUGUUCAUGUGAAAAAAGUUUUUAAGAAAAAUGACAAACAGAAGUCUGGACUUAUUACCAUGGAAGAUUUCAGAGCAAUAUACCGAAUGCUUCUUCACAGACCAGAACUGGUUGAACUUUUCAACAGCUACUCGGCAAACAAAAAAGUUCUAUCACCAUCAAAUCUAGCUGAAUUUCUCAAAAAGGAGCAAUUUGAGCUUAAUGCGAAUGAAGGAAGGGCUGUUUCGCUCAUUAAUCGAUACGAACCCAUUAAUGAAGCAAGAAGCCAGAAGGAGAUGACCAUCGAAGGCUUUAUACGAUAUAUGCUGUCAGAAGACUGCGGUAUAUUCAAAGUGGAGAACAAAAUGGUUUACCAAGAUAUGAAUCUCCCGCUGUGCGAUUACUUCAUAUCGUCUUCACACAACACUUACCUUAUCCAGGAUCAGCUAAUAGGGCCAAGUCAUCUGUGGGGCUAUGCCAAUUCCCUUAGAAGGGGAUGCCGCUGCGUGGAGAUUGACUGCUGGGAUGGACCAAAUAAUGAGCCAGUGGUUUAUCAUGGACAUACUCUGACAAGCAAAAUUACCUUCCAGAAUGUCAUCAAUGUUAUACAAAAACAUGCGUUUGAGGCUUCAGAUUACCCCAUCAUUUUGUCACUGGAAAAUCACUGCAGCCCUCCACAGCAGGAAAGGAUGGCAGCUCAUCUUCUCGACAUCCUCCGGGAUAGUUUGUGUACUACAACCAUUGACAAUGCUGUGCCAUCAGAGUUACCCUCCCCAGAGCAAUUGAAAUUAAAGAUCCUGAUCAAAAAUAAGAAAGCUGGAUCACUCCAAGACACCCUUAAUCGGAGGGGUCAGGCAUACCAGGGCCUUACAGAAGAAACCGAGGAUACCCUGGAGUCAGAGGAUGAAGAUGAUGAAGGUGCUGGACAUGUGCUAAAGAAAGCACUCAUUCGGAAGCCCAUUAAAAAAGACAAGGACAAGGGCCAUAAAGUCAAAGUGGCUUUACUCCUUUCUGAACUCGUGAUUUAUACUGCUUCUCGGAAGUUUGUCAGCUUUGAGGAUUCCAAAGAGAAGCAGAAAUGCUACCAGAAUAAUUCCAUCGGAGAAGUGAAAGGUCAGAAGCUCAUCAGCCGGAGAGCCCCUGAUUUUGUCUCACACACAGUCCGCUUCCUUACAAGAAUCUAUCCCAAGGGAACCAGAACAGACUCUUCAAAUUAUGAUCCUCAAGAAUUUUGGAAUGUCGGAAGCCAGCUGGUUGCCUUAAAUUUCCAAACACCGGGUGUGCAGAUGGAUUUACUCAUUGGAAAAUUUUUGGACAAUGGAGGCUCUGGUUACCUUGUGAAACCAGAAUUCUUAAGAAGAAGAGACUCUGCUUUUGACCCAUUUAACGUUACCGAUAGGUAUAAUCCCAUUACGCUAACAAUAAAGGUAAGACAGUUUCAUGGAAACUUCAACCUAUCUAAGGAACAAUUCCUUGAUCUUAUGAACUCAGCUACCACUAAAACAUUUGACUAGAAAAGUCUGAGAAAGGAUCAUGUGAUCAAGUCUUCCACUUUGAACCCUAGAUGGAAUGAGACAUUCACCUUUACUGUCCAAGUUCCAGAUCUUGCCUUAAUACGCUUUGUGGUAGAAGAUCAGAUGGCAGUUCUUGCCAAUGACUUCCUUGGCCAAUUUACUUUGCCACUUUUGAGCAUGAAUAAAGGUUAUCGCCAUGUUCCAUUGGUCUCCAAACUUGGAGUUACCCUCAAGCCUGCCUCCCUGUUUGUCUACAUAUGGUACUUUCAACAGUAA